UAAAUCAUUAAAAACUUAUCAUCCUCUUUGUUUUCGAAAUUAUCGCAUUUUAUUUAAUAAUGUAAUGGAAAUAUUCAGGAAUUGAGUGUUGAAGUAAAAGUCUAGCAGCCAUGUCCAAUGCCAAGGGUUCAUUUGUUGGCGGCCAAGCCGAACUAAGCGGUGCAGACUUGGAUAAAGCCAUUGAGCUUCUGGAUGCCUCACUAGCCAAGUUAGGCGAAAUCGACGGUCCCAACUAUAAAUCCGUCAAGGUCCACUCUGCCACACGCCAGGUUGUCUCGGGCUCGCUCUAUCGCUACAAUGUGGAGCUGAGCGAUGGCAAUGCGGUCAAGCAAUGUGUUGUGAAAAUCUGGUCACAGCCCUGGCUCUCUGUAAACGGCACCCAGAUCACGGUACAGUGCGAGGGCGAUGACGAUGAACUGACUCGUACAUGGUAGUGCCGCUCAAGUUGAAUAUUCAGCUCUCCAGGCGCAAAGUUCGUCGGCAACUGAAUAUGUUUAUAUUUUGUAUUGAAAAAAUUGAGCCGUUAACUACUGCGCUCACGUAAAACCCGUUUUAAUUUACACUAACCUGAUGGUAUUUAACAUCAAAUACACAUAAAUAUAAAGCUUUUAUUAUUCUAGUUUUGUACUAAGAUGUUAAUCCAACUGUAUACAUAAUACAUAUAUAAGUUCAAUAUACAUAUCUACAUACACACGUA